CUCGCGCACGCGCAGUACGGCACUCCUAUUAGCGGCGCAUGCUCACCGCGCAGCCGCAGUACGAGGUGCGUCAGCAGACGAGAGGCGCAGCAGCUGAAAGCCACUCGCCGGUGUUAGUUGGGAGCGUAGGACAUGGCGGAUGGAGAGCGCUCCCCUCUCCUGUCGGAUCUUGGCGAUGGAAGCGGCAUGGGGACGACGUUGGGGUCCGGGACGCCCUCUCCGGGUAGCGUUGUUCCCACAGCCCCUCAAUACGAUGUUCCCGGUCCCACCUCCAGCAACAAGCCGCAAGGUAGUUAACGCCCACUCACUGCAUUAUUAAUGAGGCCCCGCCCAGCCUGGAUGGAGUGAGCGGUUGCACGAGCCGUGUGACACGCCCCAUGGGCGGGGCUACAGACUGCCGAUGUUUGGGAAGUGAGGAGACUGUCUGGGAAACAGCCAAUGGGCUGGGCCGGAGCGGGCACCUACCUUUAACCUACCUAUUGUGUGUCACAUGACCCCCAUAUACCUAAUCAUCAGCCUAACACCGCACCAUGUGUAUCACAUACUGUGCACUAUCACCAAUAUACCUGCAGAGAUACACCCAUUGUGACUUCCUCCAUUAUAAAUUCAGGUUACAUUCAUACAGCACAGCCCUCGCCAGUCAUACUUUUCCUCCCUCAUUAGCUCAUGCUCCCGCAAUCCCAGGCGUCUUUUUAAUACCUUUAAUUCCCUACUUGGUGCUGCCAUGGCCAUUCUCCAAACUAACCUUACAGCCAAUAGCUUUGCAUGCUCCUUUACCGACAAGAUAAGACAGCUAAGGAAGCCAUUCUCCCCGCCUUGCCCCUCUCUUUCUCAACCACACGUAGAUCAUGCCUUUCCUACCCUUCAGACUUUCUCCCAGUUACUAAACCAAGAGGUGGCUGUGCUUCUCCUUCCCUCUCGACCCACCACUUGAUCCUGUACCAUCUCGCAUUAUCAGAUCUCUCUCCUCUUGUCUUGUGCCUUCCUUAACCCACAUCUUAAACUGCUCUCUCUAUCUUCUGGUGUUAUCUCUGCUGCCCUUAAACAUGCUAUUGUAGUACCCAUCUUAAAAAUAAACUAAUCUCUUGACCCAUCCUCCCCUUCUAACUAUCGUCCUAUAUCCCUGCUCCCUUUUUCCUCAAAGCUUCUGGAAAGACUUGUCUCACUUCCUGAAUUCCAAGUUUUUCAUUGACCCUCUUCCGUCUGGCUUCCGCCCUCUCCACUCUACUGAGACUGCUCUUAUUUAAGUCACUAACAACCUAAUCACAGCUAAAUCCAAAGGGCACUACUCUAUACUAAUUCUUCUUGACCUCUCUGCUCCUUUUGACACUGUUGGCCAUCCUUCUCCAAACUCUUUGCUCACUCUCUGUGACACUGUCCUCUCUGUUUUCCUCCUAUCUCUCCCAACGCUCAUUCAGUGUCUCCUUUUCUAAAGAUUCCUCCCCCCCCCCCCUUUCAUCCUGUCUCUGUUGGAGACCCACAAGGCUCUUUACUUGGUCCCCUUCUAUUUUCUCUUUACACUGCCUCUCUUGGCAAACGUAUUACCUCAUUUGGAUUCCAAUACCAGCUGUACGCUGAUGACACUCAGAUAUACUUCUCAUAUGCCGUCCAGCAACGUGUCACUGCUUGCCUUUCUACCAUCUGAUUGGAUGUCCUCCCGCUUUUUGAAACUCAAUCUCUCUAAACUGAACUCCUUGUCUGUCCUACUCCUAAUACUGAUCCCCCUCUUUCACUCUCCCUUCGAGUGGUACCCACGUCAGUCCAUCCUUGCAAGCGCGCUGUCUUGGCGUUAUACUUGAUUCUGUUACCAAAUCCUGUAGAUUCUAUCUUAAAAACAUCCCACAUCCGCCUCUUUUUUACACAAGACGCUAUUAAGGAACUUGUCCAUCCUCUAGUAAUCUCUCGCAUGGAUUAUUGUAACUCUCUUCUAAUUGGUUUUCCCACAAAUCGUAUUGCCCAGCUACAGUCUGUAAUGAAUGCUGCAGCUAGACUGAUUUUCCUCUCCUGUCGCUCCUCUCUCCUCUGUCAGUCCUUACAUUGGCUUCCUGUUUCCUAGAGACUCUAUUCUCUCCUCCAGCUCUGCUUCACUCCACUCCUGUCCUGUUGGGUUUUACACCCCACCUCCUAUAGACUGCAAGCUUGUUUGGGCAGGGCCCUCUUCACCCUAUUGUUCCUGUAAGUUUUUAUAAUUCUAAUUUAUUGUUAAAUCUCCCCAUUUUAAGAUGAUGUAAAGCGCUACAGAAUAUGCUGGCGCUAAAUAAAUACCAGUUAUAAUCAUUUAACUCCAUCUAGUGAAUGUUCUAUUCAUUGUGCACAGUAUGUGAUACACACAAUCAAAAAUAUAACUCCAUAUAGUGAAUUGUUUAUUUAUUGUGUAUAUCACAUGCUGUGCCUUGUUGUCCUAACUUCAUAUGCUAGAUUUAACUUUUUGUUUCAUAGCAUGUUCUGUGUAUCUGAUAAUGUGUCCUGUUAGUGUAACACCAUAUGGUAGAUUUGUUUUAUAAUAAUGCCUAUCCUAUAAUAGGACCAAUGGCCUAGCAGCGCAUGGCAGACUUUUUUUUAUUUUUUUAAAUUUCAUUAUUAUUGUCAGGGAUAUCUUAUUAGUAGAUCUUUUGAAUCAAGUGUGAAUUGUUAGGAAUUCAAAGUGAAAUUGUAGUACACAAUACAUGAAUUGGAAAAGCUGUAGUUAGUUGUAUUAUUAGUUUAGUUUUGCUCUAUUUUUGUCUAACUAUUUUAAAUUUAACUUUGUGUUCCUGACUGCUUACACUUAUGGAAGUAACCAUAUAUAAUAUAUUAGCUCAUAUGUCCCGUUUCUUUUUCCUUUUUUUGACCAACUCAAAUGUGCCUUGUUAGUCUAAGAGCAUGUGUUUUGUGAUAGUACAUGUACAGUGAGCAUUUAGCAUAAAAGGGGCAGAAGGAACUCACUGCAGUAUACAUUGAAUUGGAAGUGUUUUAUCUGAGCUAAGACUGACAGGGCUUGGAUCAGAAGAAGGGUCUGCUGAUGCUUUCUGCCUAUGAGCUGGCCAUUCAUUACAGGGUUUAGUUUCAGGAGGACUAAUAAUGGAAGAGUUUCCAGCUCUUUGUGGGAAGUAUUUUCACCCAAUGCGUCUCAGAUAAGUUAAACCUUUUCAAUGGCUUGACUACUUUCCAUGUGGGGGCGGGUGUGUGCUUAUUUGGUAGUAGUCCAGUCCUGAAUGGGAUCCAGAGGAUAUUGGAGAAGACAUUUACUAGGAUGCAUUAUCAACAGUAUCGGCGGUGUAAAGAUAAUAUUCAUGUGUAUGGUGUAAAGAAAUUCACUUUGCACUCUCACUUUUCUUAUCUUGAUGAACUCAUCAUAUACCUGGUAUUAUAUUGCUGUGUUUCAUGGAAAAGCAGUCAUAUGAUGAAAGUGCUUGCUGAUUGUGGAACAAAAAAUUUAUUUUAAACUAUGAUACAUCUUACUUCACCGCUAAACAGGCCUUACCUUGGUUAAUCACUUGCCUGCCUUUUCUUCCAAGGGAAGUUUAAAGCUGCAAUUGCAAAUUCUUGGUUCAGGCUUAUUAAACAGAUCAUUUAAACCCUAUAGCUGUAGUAGGCAAUCUUCGGAACUCCAGAUGCUGUGAACUACAUCUUCCAUAAUGCUCUUGCAGCUAUAAUGCUGGCAAAGCUUCAAGGGAGAUUUAGUCCACAAAAUCUGCAGUGUCAAAGGAUGUCUAUCCCUACACUAGAGAACAGUGUGUAUUUGUUUAACAAACGUUGUGAGUUCAGGUAGUUACCAUAGUAUGGAUGCUACAGUUGUGUGAAUGUUCAACAGUGUUAUAAUGCAGAUCCUGGAAAUUGUCCCAUGAUUUUAAUGUCCACUGAGACAAACUUCUAAGUGUGUAUUUAUUUAUCCCUGCAUUUUAAGAUUAUUCACUAUCAUGUGAAUUUUAAGAUACUCAAAAUGAGCUGCAAAUUUUAGAUCAAUUGCCAAACUGAAAAUCUAGCUUGGAGAAUUUUGGCCUUAAAGAGAAACCUAACGUAGGAAUAAAGUUAUGUUGUCAAUAGGUCUCUGGAAUCAGCUUCCCUUUAGUGGCUCAGUUGUUCAUGGUUUAAGCCCACAGUAUUCUAUCCAGCAUUGUUUGGCUGUGCCACUGUCUUUUGGCUGCUCUCAGAUUCUCCAGACAGGUCAUGGAGUGCUGCUGUUUGGCUGACAGUGGCAGCAGGGGUUUCCAAUUAAUCCCCCUGUGACACACGCACACAGAUAUACACAGACCUUGACACACUGUGUGUGUGUGUAUCUGUGUUUGUAUGUGCCAGUGUGUAUGAAUCUGACACACACAGCACAUAGAGGCACGCAGAUACACAGUGUGUAUCUGUGUGUGUGCAUGUAUUUGUGUCAAGCUGUGUAUCUGUGUUUGUAUAUGUGUGUGUGUGUGUGUGUGUGUGUGUGUAUGUAUGUAUCUAUCUGACACACAUACACACACUCUGAUACAUACACUGACACACACUGGUGCACACACACACUCAGAUACCCAUACUCUUUGACAGGCAGGCAUACACACUCUCUCACUGACAAGCAGGCAUACACACUCUCUCACUGACAAGCAGGCAUACACACUCUCUCACUGACAAGCAGGCAUACACACUCUCUCACUGACUAGCAGGCAUACACACUCUCUCACUGACUAGCACGCAUACAAAAUCCUUAAAAGACACACACAAUUUAUUUUUACAUUUCACUCCACCCAGCCUCCCUACCUUUGGGAGGGCUGGCAUGGAGUCUCUAUUUCUCUAGGGUGGGCUUAAAACAUGAACAAGUCCAUGGGGUCCAGUGGGGCUGCUGGGCUGAGCGGCUGGCGUGCAGUCCCUGGGGUCCAGUGGGGUGGCUGGACUGAGCGGCUGGCGUGCAGUCCCUGGGGUCCAGUGGGGUGGCUGGACUGAGCGGCUGGCAUGCAGUCCCUAGAGUCCAUGCGUGUAGGGAGCAGUGAUCUUCCUGCUCAACUCAAUCGCGCGCCUCUUAGUGAUGCCGGAGUGAUGUCAUAUUGCAGCUCCGGCAUAACUGAUGUGCGCACCGCAUUAAUUGAGGUGGGUGGCGAGGGAGCACUCUCCCCUGCCAUUUUUCCCACCGAAAUCUUGGCGGAACCCCGUUUGUGGUCUUGCGGAUAAAUGGCAAUUUGGUCGAUGAAGCCUAAAAAGCGCAAAAGGAAAAAAAAUGUUCACUCUAUAAAAAAAAAAAAAAAAAAAAGUUAUUAAUUAGAUCUUAGUUUUUAUGACUAUAUUAUUUAUCAGCUAUCUGAGCUGAAAGACAGUGUAAAUAUUAGGAUUAGAGUAAUCAACAAUAUUUCUCCCAACUUGGAACAAACUCACAAGUUUUGAGAUGAGGAGACAAAGUUCACUCCCGAUGGCCACAGGUAUUAGGUGUUGAAAGGUUCCAGUCAUGUUUCACGUAUAUAUGGGGAGCCUUUCAGUGGUACAACCCUUUUAAUCCAUGUAUGAUCUUCCAGUUCGUCCACUUUCUGAAAAAACUUCAAAUAGUGGACACACCGGAGAGUGCUAACACGAGGAGUACCAAGGAGAUCUCCUUGUAAAAGCAUUAGGAUUUGCUGUAUAUACACUGAACAAAAUUAUAACACUUUUUGUUUUUGCCCCCAUUUUUCACGAGCUGAACUCAAAGAUCUAAGACUUUUUUUUUCUAUGUACACAAAAGGCCUAUUUCUCUCAAAUAUUGUUCACAAAUCUGUGUUAGUGAACACUUCUCCUUUGCCGAGAUAAUCCCCAACACCACGGUCGUUUCAGGAACAAGCGUAGUUGUGCUCUGCGUCCAGAUAAGUUUUGAUUCGGAAAUAUCGCUUUUAAGGUGCCAGACGCAGGGAGCUCAUGCAACCCCUGUCUAGUCUGCUCGGUAGCCAGGCUGUGCGCCCCCCCUCCAUCGAAACUUUUUAUUCUGUUUUAGAGAAAAGAAGAAAUUUUUAUAUAUAUAUAUAUAUAUAUAUAUAUAUAUAUAUUACACAAGAUCCAGCGCACUCACCUAUCCACUAAACAGCAACUUCAAUGUUGAAAGAUUUUAUUUGUUUUUUAAAAAACACCUAAUCUAGGCAAAAAUAAUGGGGGUUUAGUUACAUUAUAUGAUCAUACAUUGCAUAAGCCUGCCACAACGUCAAUGUACCCCAUCUUUGGCAGGUCCUACACUAGCAGCCUAAUGUCUGCUCUUAUGAGAUUAACCUACUUGGGGAAAAAAAAUUCCAUCUGGGGCUCUCUGCAGUACAAGGCUAAAUAGGGCCCUGGGAUGAGGCACCUGUGACAGGGAGGGGUGCAAAACCAAGGAGUUGGCUAGACUCCCAAAUAUAUAUAAAACAAAAGGGGGUUGGCUGCACUCAUGUUAAGGUGAGUGCAGCCAACCCCCUCUUGUUUUAUAUAUAUUUGGGAGUCUAGCCAACUCCUUGGUUUUGCACCCCUCCCUGUCACAGGUGCCUCAUCCCAGGGCCCUAUUUAGCCUUGUACUGCAGAGAGCCCCAGAUGGAAUUUUUUCCCCAAGUAGGUUAAUCUCAUAAGAGCAGACAUUAGGCUGUUAGUGUAGGACCUGCCAAAGAUGGGGUACAUUGACGCUGUGGCAGGCUUAUGCAAUGUAUGAUCAUAUAAUGUAACUAAACCCCCAUUAUUUUUGCCUAGAUUAGGUGUUUUUAAAAAAACAAAUAAAAUCUUUCAACAUUGAAGUUGCUGUUUAGUGGAUAGGUGAGUGCGCUGGAUCUUGUGUAUUGUAUUAUUUGGCCCCCAGCAGCACCCCCAUUUAUGCAUGUGAAGGUGAGUGCAGCCAACCCCCUUUUGUUUUAUAUUUAUUUAUUUAUAUAUAUAUAUAUUUAUAUUAUAUUGCAAAUAAGGUGCACUCUCAGGUCUUAAAAAGUGCUUAAUUUAUUUCAACUGCAAAUUACAUGUGCAAAAAAAUAAUCAUCCAGUGAUCGACGUUUCGACCUCUAUAGGGCCUUUUUCAAGAUGGGGUCGAAAUGUCGAUCACUGGAUGAUUAUUUUUUUUGCACAUGUAAUUUAGCCCCUAAUAGGUAAACGAGCACCAGAAACCAUCUACCACCAUAACAACUGAAUUUUUAUUGUUAUGUGGUGCACUGAGGGUUCCUUUAAAUCUGAAGUUCACUUUGAAUUCCUGACAAUUCACACAUUGAGUUCUCUGAACUUUAUUUUUGUCAAGUGCUUGUUAUGUAACCCCCACUACAUAAUUGUAAAGUGCUGAAAAUUACAUGAUGGAUAUGGAUGAUGAUGACCAACCUUGACAAUGCAGGAACUGGAGGAGUAAGUGAACAUUACUCAGUUCAAUGAGCAUGCAAAUAGAUUUAUGUAUGUACUUCUGUUUGUUUUGAUAACUGUGUACAUAUAUACCAAGGUUUAUUUGAAGGAAGAUUCCAUAUAACCUCAAAGUCAUGUUGUAUAAUUUCUUCCAACAUAGAUCAUUCGUAUUUAUGCCUUUCACCCAUCUUAAUUGACUCAGCUAUUUGUGUUCUAAUUUCACACUCCUUUUUUCAGGGUUUCCUGUGUUCCCAGCAGGCCAGGGCUCAGUGUUGCCCACAGAGGACCCACCUCCAUAUUCCCCUCUUACUAGCCCAGAAAGCGGUUCUGCCCCCAUGAUAACUUGUAGAGUGUGCCAGUCACUCAUUAAUGUGGAAGGAAAAAUGCAUCAACAUGUGGUGAAGUGUGGAGUGUGCAAUGAGGCAACUGUGAGUUACAGGACAGGAUUCAUGUAAAAGGGGGGAUGCAAAGUAGCUGAUCAAACUCUCUAAUCAUUGUAUUCUAUACUUUCUGCAGCCCAUAAAGAAUGCUCCCCAGGGGAAGAAAUACGUGCGCUGUCCCUGCAACUGUCUGUUGAUCUGUAAGGUCACAUCUCAGAGGAUAGCCUGUCCUCGACCAUAUUGGUGAGUUUCGUAUGGAAGCGGUGUAGUGACUGAAUACAUUAAAAAAGGACUAAAAAACUAAUUUUCAUUUAAGGACGAGACAUGUCACCCACUUAUAUUUUUUUUUAGGGAUCGACCUAUAUUGAUAUUUUUUUUUUUUUUUUAGAGCCGAUACAGAUAAUCUGUUAACUUUCAGGCCGAUAGCCGAUAACUUGCCGAUAUUCUGUACAUUUACCAUUUUGAAAAAAUAAACUAUUUCUAAAAGGUAAAUGCACAAAAUAUAAAAGCCACAUGCACUGGAUGCAGUGUGUUUAGACAGUGGAGCUGUUUAUAUUUGUGUAGUGUGUGUGUGUGUGUAUGUAUGUAUAUAUAUAUAUAUAUGUAUGUAUGUAUGUAUGUAUGUAUGUAUGUGUAUAUAUAUAUAUAUAUAUAUAUAUAUAUAUAUAUAUAUAUAUAUAUAAUAAUGAAUGCAGGGUGUGUUUGUGUAGUGUGUAUAGUUAAUGCAGUGACUGUAUAGUGUGUAUAUAAUGAAUGCAGAGUGUGUGUUUGUGUAGUGUGUGUAAAGUGCGUAUAGUGAAUUCAGUGUGUUUGUAUAGUGUGUAUAUAAUAAAUAGAGUGUGUAGUGUGUCUGUGUGUAUAUAUGAUGCAGUAUUUGUAGUGUGUGUAUAUAAUGCAGUGUGUGUAUUAAACACACACACACUAAAUUAUAUAGACACACUACACUAUAUACACACUCUGCGUUAUAUACAGAGUGUGUAGUGUGUGUGUGUUUUCCUGAAGGGAUGUGAUUUUGUGUAAAAUGGGGGGGAGGCAUUUUUUUUUAAUUUACAUUUUUAUGGUUUUAUUUUAUUUUUUAAUAUUUAUGUUUACAUUUUUUAUAUUUGUUUAUUUUUUAUGCUUAUUUUAAAAUGUAUGUUUUAUUAUUUUUAUUUUUUUUGUAAAUUUCUUUAUUAUGGUUUUAUCAUGUUGUAAAAUGCAGUUGGUUGUUAAACAUUGUGAAACUCGCAGGUUUCUUAUACUUGUAGGAGCCUAUUAUACAUUGAGAUAUGCAAAUCUCUGCGUCAACUUCAGUGGUAAGGAGACUCGCAGGUCUCUUAGCAAGGUGUACAUCAUGGUCACGUCAUUCAGAUGCGGGAUUGUAAGUCCCCAAUACCGGUAUCGGGGUAUUUGACUUUGACUUUAGUGGUUUACUUUUCAGUUUUCAGUUGACAAAGUGCAGGAAUGUUUCAAUACGCUCUUACAUAAGCCUAGGAUUGUAUUUCUGAGUUUUGCUAUCGUCUCGUGAUUGUCAGUGUGGUCAAUUCUCUCGUGUCGUAGGUCUGCGUGUGGAUCGGGCUUAGGGUCUCAGGGUAUGGGUGGGGCUGGGAGAGGGGUGUGUCACCCCUCUUUCGGUCCUUUGUUACUCCAAAUUGGGCCGUAUCGUCCUUGGCCAUGGUCAGGGUGUUUGUGAGUGUUUUAUUGCGUGGUCUGGCGUUUACCUGUUUGUGUGUGUGUGGUAGUGGUUCGUCUGUUUUCGUUUAUUUGGUUGACUUAUUUUUCUUUUCCUGCUGCGGUCUAGAGGUAAUGUAGCUGUAGUCUAGGCUAAUUAGGAGGUCUCAGGGUACGCCCCCAUGGGUGAGUUGCCCCCUCUCCUCCUCCCCCGUGUCACCAGUCCCUGUAUGCGUCGGGUCUUAUACGGUGCUGUUGUAACUUUAAUACGGUGCUGUUGUAACUUUACCUCUGAGGGAGGCCAGGGGGUUUUAUUAUUUUUGUUGUCCCCCCCUCCCUGCUUGUUACCUGGUCAGGGAGGGGGGAUAUGACAGUCCCUGAUGGUCCAGUGGCAUUGGCUGAGCUGGGGGGGGCCGCAGGUAGCGUUUACUUACCUCCCCUGCAGCUCCUCCAGCUCCCAGUGUAAAUCUCGCGGCCCUUAGUGCCGCGCAGAGCGUUGCCAUGGUAACCCGUGGCAACGCUCUGACGGCCGCGGGUCUCGCGAGAUUUUCACUUGGAGCUGGAGGAGCUGCAGGGGAGGUAAGUAAACGCUACCUGUGGCCCCCCCCAGGACCGCCGGGCUUGUAAUGAGCCUGGCGGUCCUAGGAGGUAUUAUCGGCAAUAUCGGUAUCUAUAUUGGCCGAUACGAUAUUGCCGAAAAUAAAGAAUAUCGGCCAAUUAUAUCGGUAAAACCGAUAAUCGGUCAAUCCCUAAUUUUUUAACAUGAUGGAUUGGUGUCAAAGGUGUGAUUAAUAUAUAAUUGUAUAAUAAAACUUCUCUCUCUUACGCUUUUUUUUUUUUUUUUUAAUCUUCUACAGUAAGCGUAUAAUAAACUUGGGGCCUGUGCAUGCUGGACCGCUCAGUCCAGAACCACAACCUGUAGGGGUGCGAGUCAUCUGUGGACACUGCAAGAACAAUUUCCUGGUAAGGUACAAUUUAAGAUUAGAUGAUGCUGGGCAUCUAGAGUUAAUUGCAAAACAGACUUGUGGACACAUUUCAGAGAAACCUAUGAAAAAAGGUGUUUUUUUUUUUUUUUUGUCCACUCUGCUAUACUGUCCUACACUUUGAAAUUCCUUUUUUCAGGUUCUUCAUAAUUCUUAGUUUAGUGAACUAUUUGUCUUGCUCUUCUGGGUAGAAUUGUUUUCUUUUGAUAUGUUAUGGUUCGCACCAUAGAACUUGCUGUGGCAUCCUGAUUUUAAUUUCCUACUUUAUUACUUUCUUAGUGGACAGAGUUUACAGACCGGACAUUGGCCCGCUGCCCACACUGUCGUAAAGUGUAAGUAUGGUGAAUUACACUAGUGGGGAGGAGUUGUUCACAGGACUUUGUCUCAACCAUUUUUAUUUUUAUUUAAAAAAAAAUAUAUAUUUUUUUUGUGUGUGUGUGUGUGUGUGUAUUAGCUCUUCCAUUGGCCUACGCUAUCCAAGGAAAAGGUGUGUCUGCUGCUUCUUAAUGGGAUUUAUCUUGGCUGUUGCUGCAGCAGGACUUGUGGUGAGUGCUUUAAAAUGGACUUUGUAUACCGUUUAAUGCUCACUGCAUUUUGUAACUGGUCUCAUUGAUUCAAGUGAUCUAUAUAUUUUUUUUAUUUAAUACGGAUUCCUCACAUUAUAGUAAGUGAAUCCGUGGAACGUGGCAUAGACACUUUCUUAUUUCUCUGUUCAACAAUAAGAAAAUACUACAGAAAAAGGAAAUCACUCUUUUUGCCUCUAAGAACAUGGGAUACGUUAAUUCCCACCUCUAUCUGGUACUGCUGCUCUCUCAUAAUGAAUAGUCUCUAAACAACCAACAUUAGUUUGAUGUCAACCAUUGGGACACUAUGCAUACUACUUUGUAUCUUGGGGAGUGGGCUUGGCAUAGAUGCAGUUGAAAUUGACAUUUCUUCUCUCUAACACAGGCUGGUACGUGGACAUUGGCACGCCGUUAUGGUGGAAUCUACGCCUCCUGGGCACUGUUGUUCCUCUUCGCCUUGAUUUGUGUUGGACGUGCCAUCUACUGGGCAUGCAUGCGUGUCAGUCACCCUAUCCAGAGCUUCUCAUGAGCUUGUCUGGACCUGCCUCCUCCAGUCUCCCUCCCUCAACUCCCCCCCCCCCCCCCCACUUGGUGGCCAGAUUGGCAAAUAUCUGCUUGAUGGCAAGUGAGGAGGUAGUGCAGCAGCUUCCUGCUGCUCACGGUUAACCUCUUUACCGCCAGGGGGCUGCAGAGCUCUGCAGGACCCUGUAGCUGCUAAGGGGUUAACCCUUUGUUAUUAAUCCUAUGAACUGUAAGAUGGUUUUAGAGACACUACGGAGUCAGGUUGUUAGGGCUGUAACCUGUCUGCAUGUUCUAGCGGAUGCAGGAUAAUGUUUACAUGAAGGAGGAGCAGCUUCGGAAGUGUGGAUGUUACUGGUAUAACUGUAAAAAGCAGGGGAACAUAUACAAAAUCAAAGACAUGCUCAAGAGUGUCACGGGGGGUUGGUGAGCUGGUCCUCAUAGGAUGAAACAUCCCCAUUUAUUGAGCGCUCCUUAUUGUUUUGUAUUGUCUGUCGCACCUUAAAAUGUUUUUUUUAAUUUUGUAGUUAUAAAGGCUAAGAAUUUUGUUUUCUAACCACCCCUGCUGCAAACCAUUAGAGUAACUUCUCCUUCAGCCUUACCGGAGAGGCCUUUAAAAUAUGAAGCCCCCUAUUACUGAACAGGUUAAACACUGCUUACUUUUUAAACAUCCCCAAAUACUUUAAAGUGAAGUGGGUAACUAAGUUGAAAGGAAGUAACUGCUUAAUCAUUCCUUUCCACACACAAUUCUUUUUCUAAGGCUCAGUGUACCUGUACAUAUGUUAAGUUGCUUAGCUCUGCAGCAGUGUGUGUACUAAGAUUACUGUUGCUUUAAGAUCAAGAUCAGAUUAGGGUUAGAAGGGAUUGUAAAGAAACUGCAGCAUAUGUGGCUGCACCAAUUACAAACUGGGACCUUGCAAAUCAAACCCAGAACUUUUCUGCAAUUCAUUAUUUUUAAUUUUAAUUUAUUUUUUUAUUAUAAACUGGGAGGGAUAGGAAAAUCAAUCUUUACUCCUUUAAGCCUUCAGCUGCUAGAAAUGUGUGCUCAUAACUCUGCCACCCAAAUGAUUUUGUUGAACGAUUAGCAGGCUUUUAUUAACACUGGACAUUUUUUACAUCCGGCUCAUCCUUGAAACUAAAAUAUGGAGCGCACUACAUGGCAAGAGCUUGUCUUUUAAUUUUACUACCUCUAGGAUAAUACAUAGGAUACCGUUUUAAUACUUGUUUUGUGAUUUUUCUACUCUGUUGCAUUUACUGCGCAGAAUAAAUGUUCUCCUAUAUACCCUUCAUUAUCUAAGGGGAGGAGGGUGAUUCCUUGUAAAGUGGAAAUUACUUCCGUUGCAUGUGAUGGAAAGAAGAGCAACUUCAUGAUGACUAAUUCAGAGCAUUGUAACUGAGGAUCAGGGGUAAUACUGUUUUUUUUUAUGAAGGGUCCAAUCUGUGUGGGUUUUUUUUUUUUGUUUUGUGUUGCUAAGUUGUAAAUAAUUGUUUAAAAUUUUUUUUUUCUAAUUUUUGCUGCUGUCUCCUGCAACUCUUACUUUUUUCGUGAAACUGAAAUAUAAACGUUUGAUUUUUCUUAAUUUGUCUCCAGCUUGCUGAACUAUAUAUAUAUAUAUAUUUUUUUAGAAUUGUUCCUUUAUUCACCACCAUUACCAUCAAAUUCUACAGAGAAAUGUGUGUGCAUGACAAUCUAGGGGUUAAGCCGCACUGGAGCAAGGAAUUUGACCUUUGUAUCAUUUUGAUAACCGGCAUCCUGAUACAGUUAUUGCUAACAAUUUGAAGACAUUAAUGCUGCUUUAUAUAUCUGUGAGAGCUCAGUACAACAUUGAUUGUACAGAUCCAGGAAAUGUAACCUAUUAAAUACCUUGCCUUAUCUUUAGAAUCAAUAUAGCUCUUCCGCGGUGUGUGCUUUAUUUUUGAGUGCAUAAAAGGUACAUGCGUGUUGGUAAUGUCACAAUAGCAAUCACUAGCAUCUCAAGGUAGACGGUAUAUGGCAUGAGUAAGUACGGCACAAUUUUUGUUUUUAUAAACAUGCUUACAAGUACCUUUGCACAGGUUAUAUGAGAAAGGAAAAGCAAUACAAGAUUUGUCUGCCGAUGAUAUUUGAUUAGUCUGAGACAUGUUCUUAUGUCGGUGUGGACUUGGAGCUGUUACUUUAUCAACAGUACCUGUUUAAACGUAUUAGACUGAGUGUAUACUGGAUCAACAUGUCUAAUGUGGUGGGUCACAUUGGGGUCUAAAGGCUUGCGGCAUUAAACAUUUAUUUCUGCUUAAGUAAGUAAAAUGAUUAAUGUGGGCUUAACCAUGCUAUGGUUAAUCCUAUGUGGAUUGCUGUGUAAUAACCUGUUUAAGUGAGUUGGGUAAUUAGGGGACCCGUCUAUUAGGUACUACAGGAGGUACUGAACGGUACAUUCUAGUAACGGUGACAUGCAUAUCUACAAACCUCAAAGGUUAAUUAUACUUGCUUUAAGGUCAGGAUGUCGGUGUGUGAGUAAGUGCUUUUCAACAUAAAACCGGGUGCAGACCAGCUUAGUAGUUAUAGUAGACAUAGCUUAAUGAGAAGUAAUGCUGGUCACAUGUGGGGUUAUGCAUAUUAUAAAACAAGCUUAAUGUCCACCGGAGUUUACUUUGGGGAAGUCUUGCUGUCCCCCGGGUUCAGCGUCAGCGGGCUGGUAGUGGCGGCAUGCUUUCCGGGCUGCUGGGUCUUCGGGUUUCAGUUGUUUGUGCCUCUGACCUGGAUGUGAGAAGAGCGGAGUCUCGACGGGAGGGAAAGUCUGGUGCGUAUCACACCGCCAGCCCCGGGCUCUGUAUGAGCUGACCGCUUGGGCCCUCGGUUCCAGUACCUAAUUUGGCCGGCAAUGGAAUUCCCGUUAAGUAUGUUCCCUCCAGGUGGUGGGCUGCGGUUCGAGGGAUGUCCUCCAAGGGCUCAAGGCCCAAGAAGGCUGAUGUGGCGACCAGGCCCAGACUCUAGGUGCGGUGGCUGAACGAUGCAGGUGGAUGUUGAAGCUCCUGCAGCAGUCCCCAAAGUUGAGGUUAGUUGCUUCUGGGUGUGCCACUGAUUGCGUAUAGCGUGUAUGUAGCCUGAUGUGGGUCUUUGAGCCGCCAUGUUGGUAGUGGAGCACAGCAUGUGCCCAGGCGCCGAGCGUGCCCCGUUGGGGGUGGGUGGCUGAUCUUCGGUUCCCUCCGGUGGAGGGGCUGGGGCCUGUGAGGUGUAUUUGCAGGCAGGGCAGCGGCCGUCUGCCCCGCUCCUUGUCCGAUUAGGCCGCAGGCUCCGAAGCUUUGUACCACAUGGGCCCCAAAACGCCCGAUCUGAGUCUAUGGUAGUGCCAACCUUCACCCAUGCAGUUGAGCGGGCAACUCCGUUCCCUUAGUGUCCUUAGGACCAUGAUUAUUGCUAUUUAGGUUGGAUAUAGCAGGAGCCUCUGUGACAUGCGACCGGUCAGCAUGGUGGUCAGGCCCCGGCCCCCUUCUGCGGUGUGUUUUAAUGGGAUGAAUAUUAAACUAGAUGGGGCAGAAAAUUGGUAUAUUAAAAAAUGAGGUCUAAUUGAACACCAGUUCUAUAUGUGUGUGGUUGUUUUGUGUAAAGAGCAUAAAAAUGCUUUAUGUGCCUAUUGUGUACCUGAGGCAAGAAAUCAUAACCCAUAGAAAGGACUGGGCAUUUUUUUUUUUAAUACUCCUUGUAGUAUAUUCUUCUGAGUAAACAUUGCCUGAUUUUUGUCAAAUGGCAAACGUACACAUAUGGGAAAUAUACUUGCCUCAGCUGUGUGAGCUGAAUAAUCACUAUUUUGGAACCACUAUUUUGCAUUAAAUGAGCAUUCUGAGUGUCAAAAUUUUUUCAAGAGGUCUGACACUUACCCGGGUUCUUUGUGUUCCUGUUCUGGCCUUCUAAUGAUAUUGCUAAAUCGGAAAUUCCCAUUCAAUUUUAACAGCAUCUAUUUUGUUCACCUUUUAAACAUAUUUAAUUGGGUAAGGAUUGUCUUCUGGACAGAAUUGAUAUUUUUUAAAGCUGACUGGGAACUUCUGCUUUAGCAAUAUCAUAGAAGAUUUGAAGGACCCAGGAAAGUGUCAAACUGGUUGAGAACUGUUUCAUUUGGCACUGCAGAUGUUUUGGACUAUAUCUCUGUAAUGCUGUUAGUGCAUUAGAUGAGAAUUGCACAAUAAAAAUUAUUUUGGUGAUGAAUUAAGAAAAAAAAUCUUUUAUUUUAAAUUGUGUAGUUGUACUGUUAUGGCAAACAAGAAAGGGUCUUUAUCUGUUAUACUGCUGAUGCUAUUUGUACAUAGUGCCAGCCAAAUGCUUGCAAGUGUAUUGAGGUAUUUCAUCUCUUGUAAAAAG